GAACCGGGACGGACUGUCUGUGUUCUUGCGACUCAAUUCAUCGACACAUCGGGUCGAACGGCGUUCGUAGAUUCACACACACUCGUGGAUUUUUGAGCGCCAAUUCCGUUAUCGGUGCAACACCAAACGCACAACAUUAUUGACACCAUUGGGUUUUUUUUCCAAUUCCAAUUUACUUUAUCGCCUACUGAAUAUUAUUAGUCUGGUGUCGAAUACCGCGUUGGAACCGUGUUGCGUUUCCGCAGUUCAGUUCGUUCGUUCGUACCUUCGGUUUUGUGAAAGUGCCUUCCUCGAUCGGUCGUGGAGAAUUUUCUUUCGCGCCGUGUGACCAGAGAUGUCGGAAAAGGUGGAAGUUCAUCCCGUGCUCCACAUGGGCAAUACGCGGAAGAUCGACAUUGAAUUCGACAAUUUGAAUUUCUGCGUGAAGCGGGGCAAAGAGACAAAACAAAUUGUUAAAGGCGUUUCCGGAAAAUUCAACUCCGGAGAACUAACCGCCAUUAUGGGUCCAUCUGGAGCCGGAAAAACAUCUCUUUUAAACAUCCUCACUGGUUUUCAACGAUCAGGGACGGAAGGCACAAUCAGAUGCAGCGGUUCGAAAAACGUGAAAAAAGGCGCCCUACAAUACAAGAAGGAGUGCUGUUACAUCCUACAAGACGACCAAUUGGCACCGUUUUUCACAGUCGAAGAAAUAAUGAACAUUGCUGCCAAUCUGAAACUGGGAAACAUUUCGGAUAAGGCCAAAAAAUUUUUGAUUCUUGACAUUUUGGAAACUCUCGGCUUAUCAAUGUGCCUCACAACAAGAUGUCUCAGACUUUCCGGUGGACAAAAGAAGAGAUUGUCUAUAGCUUUAGAGUUGAUUGACAACCCUCCAAUUAUGUUUUUGGAUGAACCAACCACAGGUUUGGACAGUUCAUCAUCAACACAAUGUAUACAAAUGCUGAAAAAGUUGGCAAGAGAAGGAAGGACCAUAGUUUGUACAAUCCAUCAACCCAGUGCUAGUUUAUUUGAAUUAUUUGAUCAUGUCUUCGUUAUGGCUGAAGGAUAUUGUGUGUACCAAGGUGCCAGCAGCAACACUGUGGCAUAUUUGUCCUCGGUUGGUUUCAACUGUCCCCAAUACCACAAUCCCGCCGAUUAUUUAUUAGAAGUAGCCAACGGUGAAUACGGAAAUUUUACUGAAGUUCUUGCCAAAGCGGCACAAGAAAAAAAAUGGAGGAAAAAUGUAACAAUACCAAAAUUAGAAUUAGAGGACCAAAAUAACUACCCUACCAUUGGAGCAGAUGAGCCAAUAUACGAAUCGAAGGAGGUGCGCCAUCAGUACACACCUCCAUCUGAAAUUAAUAAGUUUCUUAUACUACUUCAUCGGACAUUCUUGCAAAUUUACAGAGACUGGACAAUCUCUCACCUAAAACUUUUCUUGCAUGUCCUUGUGGGCAUCUUUUUGGGUGUCUUUUACCAAAAUGCUGGACAGGAUGGUUCGAAAACAAUUAACAAUGUGGGAUUUUUAAUUGUUAGCGCAGUUUAUUUAUGUUACACGUCCUUGAUGCCUGCAGUUUUGAAAUUUCCAUCUGAAUUAGCCGUUUUAAAGAAGGAAAGAUUUAACAACUGGUACAAAUUAAAAACAUAUUAUGCUGCAUUUUUAGUAUCUGACAUUCCUAUUCAGAUUAUAUUCAGUUUGGCGUACACAACCACUUCAUAUUUAAUUAGUUCCCAGCCUUAUGAGCUUAGCAGGUUUUUAAGAGUGCAAGGAAUUUUAUCGUUGGUCGCACUAACUGCUUCUAGUUUGGGCAUUGUCUUGGGAACUCUCGUCAAUCCAAUCAAUGGUACCUUCUUAGGGGCGAUUUUGACAUGUCUGAUGUUGUCCGUGGCGGGAUUCUUGGUGAUCUUCACUCAUAUGCCAAAGGUCAUGUAUGCUUUGACUUAUAUUUCGUACAUUAGCUUUGCAAUGGAGGGAAUGGUCCAAGCCUUGUACGGAUAUGAUCGAGCUCCUCUGACGUGUCCAGAAGACGUUGAAUAUUGUCAUUAUCGUUUCCCCAAACGAUUAUUGGAAGAAUUCGGCAUGGAAAAGGAGAAUUUUUGGGUGGAUGUGGCGUACUUAAUCGGGAACUUCAUAGUUUUAAGGGUGUUGGCUUUUUGCACCUUACGAAAUAAAUUGUCACCACAAUAGUUCAAAAUUAAAUUAUUGUUAUUAUUCGAUUGUGAUAUAUUUUAGAUAUACUUAAAUUCUUGUAAAUAUGUUUUUAUAUUACCGUAGGAUAAUUUAAUAUUUUUUAAUGAGUAUUGUUCUAAAUUGUUCCUCCAUAUGUUAUUUAUUGAUUAGGUACUUAAAUUUUAUACAGCGUUUUUCUGUGGAGUGAAACUUAAAAUAUGUGCAAUUUAAUAAAUUGCGAAUUUUUAUAAUUGCAAAUCAUUGUUUUUUGUUUUUAUUUCAGACUAAUAUAUUUAAAUAAAAUACUUUUUAAAUAUU